CCGUGUUGCGGGGAUGGGUGACCUUUGACUUCCACGGUGUGUGAGAGCUCCGGCAGCCCCCAGGAAUUGUGCGGAAUAAUGAGAGAAAAGGAGCAGCGGCAGCACCAGCACUACCGAAAUCGCACAGAGCAGCUCCAGCCUUAGAAAGCAACACAGCCACGCUUCAGGACCCAUUUCACACGCUCAACAUUCACAUUUCCCCACUUCUCUGCCUCCCCCUCCUCUUCUUGUUUUCCACCCCCCACCAUCUCUGACACAUUCAGCUUUCCCCAGCACCAUCCACCUACAUAUCGGAUUAAAAGCUGCACCUACAUUAUUAUUUUGAUAUUUAAAUCGUUCAAAAUCAAGCCAACUAUUUUUUUUUUUUUAAUAAAGCUUGCAAACAUGAUGGCGGCAGCUCCCAUCCAGCAGAACGGAAACCACACCGGGGUGCCCAUAGACUUGGACCCGCCGGAUUCCAGAAAGAGACCGCUGGAAGCACCGCCUGAAGCAGGCAGCACCAAGAGAACAAACACUGGUGAAGACGGUCAGUUUUUCUUAAAAGUCCUAAUACCUAGUUAUGCUGCUGGAUCUAUAAUUGGGAAAGGAGGACAGACUAUUGUUCAGUUACAGAAAGAGACCGGGGCCACCAUCAAACUAUCUAAAUCCAAAGAUUUUUACCCAGGUACUUACGUCAGUUUUAUGGGCUCUGCAGGUACCACGGAACGGGUAUGUCUGAUCCAGGGAACAGUUGAAGCAUUAAAUGCAGUCCACGGCUUCAUUGCCGACAAGAUUCGGGAAAUGCCUCAGAAUGUAGCAAAGACAGAGCCUGUCAGCAUCCUGCAGCCCCAGACCACCGUUAACCCAGAUCGCAUCAAACAGACAUUGCCAUCUUCCCCAACUACCACCAAGUCCUCUCCAUCCGAUCCCAUGACCACCUCCAGAGCCAAUCAGGUGAAGAUAAUAGUCCCCAACAGCACAGCAGGUUUGAUUAUUGGAAAGGGUGGUGCAACAGUGAAAGCUAUAAUGGAGCAAUCAGGGGCUUGGGUCCAGCUCUCUCAGAAACCUGAUGGGAUAAACCUGCAGGAGAGAGUAGUUACAGUGAGUGGUGAACCAGAGCAGAACCGCAAAGCUGUGGAACUCAUCAUCCAAAAGAUACAAGAAGAUCCCCAAAGUGGCAGCUGUCUCAAUAUCAGUUAUGCCAAUGUCACUGGUCCAGUGGCCAACUCCAACCCAACAGGCUCUCCUUACGCAAAUACUGCCGAAGUGUUACCCACUGCUGCAGCUGCUGCGGGGCUGCUAGGACAUGCUAACCUUGCUGGAGUUGCAGCAUUCCCAGCAGUUUUAUCCGGCUUCACCGGGAACGAUCUGGUGGCCAUCACCUCUGCACUCAACACUUUAGCCAGCUAUGGAUAUAAUCUCAACACAUUAGGGUUGGGCCUAAGCCAAGCUGCAGCCACGGGGGCGCUGGCUGCAGCUGCUGCAAGUGCAAACCCAGCAGCAGCAGCGGCAGCGAACUUGAUCGCCACCUAUGCAAGUGAAGCCUCCGGCGGCGGCGGCACUGCUGGCGGUGCGGCAGGCCCAUUCGCAUUAGGUAGCUUGGCAGCUGCCACUGCUGCAACAAAUGGAUAUUUUGGUGCCGCUUCUCCACUUGCAGCUAGUGCCAUCCUGGGAACGGAGAAAACUACAGACGGAUCGAAAGAUGUAGUUGAAAUAGCAGUGCCAGAAAACCUAGUCGGUGCAAUACUCGGCAAAGGAGGAAAAACGUUGGUGGAAUACCAGGAAUUGACUGGUGCAAGGAUACAGAUCUCAAAAAAGGGAGAAUUUGUACCUGGCACGAGGAACCGGAAGGUGACGAUCACAGGAACACCAGCUGCUACACAGGCUGCGCAGUAUUUAAUAACACAGCGGAUCACAUACGAGCAAGGGGUUCGGGCUGCUAACCCUCAAAAAGUGGGUUAAUGCCUAAACUUAUUCUAUUUAAUCCCUCCUUUAUCAUUUUCAAGAAGGAUGUACUGUAUUUUGCAGAAGUAUUCUUUUCUGUUAACAUAUUAUAUGCAAAAGAAUGCGAUUUAUGUUGAAGAUGUGUAUAUGUAAAUAACGUGUUUUACCAGAUGUUUCAUAGAAAGAAAUUUUUCUUGAUAUGUUUUAGUUCUAUACUUUGCUUGUGUAUAUUUGUCAGAAUUGUUUCUAGUGUGAGAAGAUCUUAGCCUGCCAUUUUACCAGCAUUAUUGUAGUUUAAAAAACAAACAAACAAACAAAAAAAGAACCAAUUGAAUGUAGACAGGGAUAUGCGUAUAGUUUUCAGUAUUAGUUAAAAUAGGUGAUAUCGCUAAAUUAACUACUGUUAGUUCGGGUCCGGUCGGGUCAGUGACCUGAAAUGGAGUGAGGCCAAAGCACUGUCAUGACAGUCUUACUUCUGCGUAGGGCAUAAAGAAGUAGGAAUUCAUAUUUUAUGAAAGGAAAAAAAAAUAACUAAAAAGCAAUAUAGUUGCAAAAGCACUGUAAAAUAUUUUAAGGUUAAAACUGUGGAUUAUUGUAUUGGUAAGUUUACAAAUCAACAAAAGCACCUGUUCUCCAUCUGAACUAGACAAUGGAAAUAAUGCUGCACGCUGGCCAUGGCCCAUUCUUCACCAUGUCUUGAAAGAAGUUCAACAAAAAUAGCCACCCCCCAAUACCACCUCCAGAGAGGCUUGUAUAUUUGUUUGUUUUAAAGCACUAAAAAUCACUACUGAACCCAUUGCCUGGCCAGUAGAACAGUCAUUACUCCAUUAACAUCCUCACUGUCUAGACAUAUAACUGUUGUUAUGCAGUGUAUUGGGAAUUUUAUAAAAAAAGAAAAAAAGAAAAAAAGUGAAAGUGCCAACAAAAAUGAUGACAGCUAAAAUAGUUAUAACCUGCGACUGCUUGAUACAGUAUGUUGCAUUUUAAGAGCUUAUACUUAAGAGUGUAUCAUUUCUUAACACUAGAAACAUUAGUAUCGUGAAUGUAGAUUUUACUGUGAAGAUAUCUGUGAUUUUAGCUGUGCGCUCCAACGAUGGCGUCUUUGCAGCACGGUGUUAGCAGCCAGUGCAGCUUAUACUACUCGGUAAUUUGCAUGUAUGUGGAGCAUUUUUAUGUCACCAGCCAGCCAGUAUUUUCCUGCAUGCUUUUAAGACAAGGCAGUUAAUCUCAAGAGGUAGUGUGAUCUACCUUUCCCAAGCUUUUGGACAGGUAAUUCCUGAGUAAGCCUUUGUUCCCAACACCCAACAACUGUCACCCUCUUCUGUAUCUCUCCUGAGUGCCAACUGCCCAGGCCAUUGACCCACCAUCUGUUUGCCCACUCAAGGCCACUCAUAGGGGCAUUCAUAACCAAGCACCUCCUCAUGCUGUGCAUGCAGUCUUAAAUUCAAUGGACAAAAUAACAUGCUGGCUACCUCUGGAUCAUCAGGCUGAGCAAUUGAAUUUUUAAAAGAGAAUUACUUCCAUCUCAACUUCAACCCAUUGAUAACGUCCAUCCUGCCAAGCUAAAUGGCAUCCCAGCUGCUCCUUUUCUGUGCAACCAAUCAAAGAACAAUGAGUGUGAUGCUCCACGUCCUGAAUUUCGUCCAGCCUCUUUCUGAACUGUGAUCUUUGUCCUCCAUGAACUUUCCCUUUUGUUCAUUGAACUAUAUGGACUCUUCAUUUCAUAUUAAUUUACUGUGCAAUUUGCUUUUGGACAUUGACAACUUGAAACAAUUCCCUGAUCCCUCCCCCUUUUCACUAUUAAUAAUUCAUUUCUGUCAAAUUGUAAGAGUAGACUCAUUUUCCAGUUUUUUGGCAUUGGAUUGUUUCUUCAUUUAGAUUUCUCAAUCUCUAAAUUUACUAUUUAGAGAAUUAUUAAAAGGGAAUGAUUUGCUUGUUUAAUGAAAGAGAAAAGCUGUAGUAAACUGUGUUACUUGGAAAUGACUUUUAAAUCGUCAAAUAUUCUGUAGCUGUGCAAGUUUUGACAAAUAGUGUAUCUCGUGAAAUCAGUGGUUAGCAUUGCCGCUAUUAUAUUUACUCAUUUUAUCAUUAUAAAUGUGCUUAGUUCAUCAUGUA